AUGGAAUUUAAUAAUGCUGUACUGAUUGAACUGUAUGAAGCUAUCUAUGAUUUAAUCCCUCCAAUACAAUUUAAGAAUGAAGUGCUACAGCAGCGUCAUACUCGAUGGAAAAUCCAACGGACUAUUAACGAGUGGGAAAAAAGAGUGAAUAAUUUACUUGGUGAAGGAGGCAAGGAUGGCAAUUCUCAGAAUAUUCAGAGGUUCUCAACUGAUGAAUUAGGUUCAAUUCAAACAGGUGAUUGUGCCAAAGCAGAAGCGGCUAAAGACAUCAUCGAUUCAGCUAUUUCCAAUAUUUCAACAUAUAUUGACAUCAUUAUGAAACAACGGUCAACUUUAUUUAACAAAGAAAAUAAAGUGAAGUCAUGGAAAGCUAAUGAAUUGAAAUUUUAUGAUGAUAGAAUGACUGACUCAGAAGCCAUGAAAUGCAAAUUGGAAGAGUGCCAAACAAAGCUAAUAACCAACAUUGGCACCCUAAAAAGAAAACUUUCACAUGUUAAUGAUGAAGUCGCUGAGAGCAAAAGAAAGCGUAAGCGACUGCAAGAAAACAAGCGAAAAGCAGAAGUGAGAAGAGAGAACCGCUUACAGGCAAAGGUCAGUGAAGUUCUGAAAAUAAUUACAGAUGGGAAAGUUGUAUUUGAUGAUCUUAAAUCCCAGAAUAUCAAAAUUGUGAAAGAUGAUUUAUGCCCAAAGAAAGAUCUUAACCCAAGGUAUCAUCUGAAAGCUUUAAGCCACUUGAUUGAGAAUAAGUGGUUUGAUGAUGAUGCUUUGCCCGUAGCACAAGGUAUGUUAGAUGCACUAACACAUGCACAAACAGGAAUUAAUCUCAGAAGCAAAUCAUAA